AAAGCCUGCACUUCAAGUUUCUUUGCACAAGGGAGGAGAAGACUCCUGCCCUACCUCACAGAGGGGUCGGAAGGUUUACACCAGCCUCAAGCCUGGAAGGAUGGUGUCCCAGUUUACCGGCCGGCAGCAUUCUCCUGUGGAUCCUUGUGACGGGAUCAGCUAUGACUUUGAGGACGCUCAUGAUUCACCCAGACUCCUGGACAUUGACCACUGUCCAUGCCAAUUGGACAUCAGGCUCCUGAGGCACAAAGCUGCCUGGGUAGCCCCACUGUGUGUGCAGCAGCCGCUGCAGGAUUUGUACCUCCAGAGGCUGACCAGACAGAACAGUGAGGACCAUUUAGUGGUGGAUGCCCCCUAUCCUUUGGGCUCUUCAUCAUCAUCCCUUGGGGCCUCCCUGGCAGAGACGCCAUUGUCUGAGGACACUGCUGACUCCAUGCACAGCAUUUCUUCUCAGGGCUCAGGAAAAAGUAAUAAUGACUUCUCCGUGACCACAGAAGAGCUGGAGGUACCCCUAGGAUAUUCUCAGCAUGUAUCUCUACUCAGAAGCCCCAAGGCUAUGGCCACUUCACCAUCUUCUGAGGUUGCUAGUGCUUGCUUCGAGUCUCCUCAUGCAGCAGUCUCUGCAGAUGAAGGUGUGAAUCAAGUCAACAGAAGAAGUAAGUCUUUGAAUUCCUUUUCAUCAGAGACAUUUGUGCUACCUGUUGAUGUCGAAAAGGAGAACACCCACUUUCAUGCUGCAGAUAUGAUGAUCGCAGCCAUGGAGGAAGUAAAGUGGCACCUCCUAAGCCAGCAGCAGCCAGACAACCGAAGCACAGAGGAAGCCAGCCGGCCACCCAGGAGCCAUCCCGUACAUGCUGAAGGGAGCUUUCAUACCCACACAAAGCAGGAGCCUGGGUCCUUCGCUUCGUCAGACAGUGGCUACAAAGGUUGUACUGUGCUCAAGGUCAGCCCAGUGGCUGAAACACCUGCCUCCAGUGUGAUAAAAGAGGCCAGCAAGUGUGACUUGGAUGGAUUUUUCAUCUUAGAAUCUGAGAAGCUUAAUUAUAUCACAGGAAUAUUCAAACACUCCUGCAGUUCUUCUAAGAGUGUAAUUUGCAUGCCAGACUUCACUUCUGCUCAGCAAUUAGCCAAAGAGUUGUUCCAAAUAUUCCGGAAGUGCUGGAUGCUGUCAGAAGCAAAUUAUCAGCUGCCAGUUUCUCUGAUCACAGCCGGCUCAGCAGUAAGGUAUGUCCAAGAGGACUUUGACCCCAGUGUGAAUGUAAUACAGGAAGUUACACUGACUCCUCGGAUCAGAGGUACUGAAGACUGGGCACCUCCAGGAUUUCAAAUCAUACAUCAUGUGCAUCCACCACUCAGGAGGGACAUGGUGGUUGUGGCCCAGAACUUUCUCUGUGCUGGCUGUGGAACUGCCAUAGAGCCGAAGUUUGUAAAGCGGCUGCGGUACUGUGAAUACCUAGGAAAGUACUUCUGUGACUGCUGCCACUCAUAUGCAGACUCCUGUAUCCCAGCACGGAUCCUGACAUCGUGGGACUUCAGGAAGUACUAUGUGAGCAACUUCUCCAAAUGGCUGCUGGAAAGCAUAUGGCACCAGCCUGUCUUCAGUUUGCUGAGCCACAACCACAGCCUGUAUGCCAAAGCCAAAGAACUGGACAGGGUGAAGGACAUCCAGGAGCAACUUUUUCAUAUCAAGAAGAUGUUGAAGACUUGCAGGUUUGCUGACAGUGCACUGAAGGACUUUGAGCAGGUUCCCAGCCACCUGACUGAUGAGCUACACCUCUUCUCCCUGGAUGACUUUGUCAGGACCAAGAGAGGGCUGCUAGCACCCUUGCUCAAGGACAUUCUGAAAGCUUCCCUCGUGCAUGUGGCCAGCUGUGAGCUAUGUCAGGGAAAGGGCUUCAUAUGUGAAUUUUGCCAAAGUACAGCUGUCAUCUUCCCAUUUCAGACUACAACAUGUACAAGAUGUUCAGCAUGCAAGGCUUGUUUUCACAAGCAGUGCUUCCAGUCGACUGGGUGUCCCCGGUGUGCAAGGUUCGAAGCUCGGAGAAGGCUUUCAAAGAGUCUGCCCUCUGCAGCGACAUGAUGGCUCUGAGUGUUGUUCAGCAGGCCUUACAAUACCAACGUUGAAUUAAGUGUU